AUGUUUGAAUUCGGAUGGAGGAAUUAUAUGGAAUACGCGUUUCCGGCAGAUGAACUAGAUCCUAUUCACUGUCGAGGACGUGGUCAUGAUCACGAGAAUCCAGACAAUAUCAACAUAAACGAUGUUUUAGGAGACUACUCGUUAGGCCUUAUUGAUACACUCGACUCUCUUGUUGUUUUCGGAGAUCAUGACGAAUUCAAGCGAGCCGUAAAUCUGGUCAUCAAAACUGUUUCAUUUGAAAAAAAUACCACGGUCCAGGUUUUCGAAUCAACAAUUCGAGUGAUGGGUGGUCUUUUGGCAGCUCAUAUGAUUGCCGCAGACAGCACAAACCGUUUUGGUCCAUUCUAUAUGUCUGAUUACGGCGGGGAGCUACUGACGCUUGCGCAUGAUCUUGCUGGACGUCUUGUUCCUGCAUUUGAAGGAACUGCCACAGGAAUUCCUUAUACGCGUGUCAAUUUACAAAAAGGUGUGCUUCCGGGUACCACAAACUCCACGUGUACAUCUGGUGCUGGAUCUUUGUUGUUGGAAUUUGGUGUCUUGUCAAAGUUACUUGGAGAUGAUUCAUAUGAAAGAAUGGCAAGACGUGUCAAUGAGAAGCUAUGGACGUUGAGGAAUGAAGCGACUGGCUUACAUGGGAAUCUCAUCGAUAUUCAGACUGGAGAAUGGAUUGGUCACUUAUCUGGACUCGGAGCUGGAAUCGACUCAUUCUAUGAAUAUAUGCUAAAAUCGUAUAUACUAUUUGGAGAUCAACGUGAUUUGGAUAUGUACAAUGAGUCAUUUCUACGGAUUGUGACCUACAUGCGCCGAGGACGAUCUGUAUGUGCUGAUCUGGAAGGAGAUAUUCCAAUAUAUGUGAAUGUUGAUGCCAGAGACGGUAGUACAUCGAACACUUGGAUGGAUUCUUUGCAGGCCAGUUUCGCAGGAGUUCUCGUGUUAGCUGGAGAAGUAGAUGAAGCAGUAUGUCACCAUGCAUUCUAUUAUGCUAUAUGGAAGAAGUACGGAGUCCUUCCAGAAAGAUUCAACUGGCAACUGCAAGCUCCUGACGUGUCUUUCUAUCCACUUCGUCCUGAAUUUGUUGAAUCCACGUAUCUUCUGUAUACUGCCACCAAAAAUCCGUUUUAUCAGCAUGUUGGUCUGGAAAUCCUCGAGUCACUGGAGACGAUUACGCGAGUGAAGUGUGGUUUUGCUACUGUUCAUGAUGUAGCAGAUAGAAGUCUUGAAGAUCGUAUGGAAUCAUUCUUCUUAUCCGAAACUCUCAAAUACCUCUAUCUGCUUUUCGACACAGAUCACCCUAUUAAUAAAGAAGAACAAGAGAGAAUACUGUUUUCAACUGAGGGUCAUAUAUUUCCAAUAACUUCGCUCUUCAAUACCCCUCCCAGUCCGCCAUCAUUACUAGAUCCUCCACUUUCUAUUUUGCCACGUAGAAAUGCUUCAUUUUGUGAAACUGCCACUGAAUUUUCAGCAGGGAUUACACCGCUUCGACACUCUCAAAUGAGCCACUUGUUCAAAACAGUUGGAGUGGAUACAAAUCUUCAUAAUUGGGUAUAA